AUGGAUGGCGGUGGCGAGAUCGGCGGCGGUGCCGGGGCUGGCGGAGGGCGGGCGGACUUCUACACGGUGCUGGGGCUAAAGAGGCAGUGCUCCACGGCGGAGCUGAGGAAUGCCUACAAGAAGCUCGCGAUGGUGAGUCAAUUUGGUACAAAGCCUGUGUGUGAUAUUCAGGCGAGGGCGUCCUUCUUCUUCUUCUUCUUCUUCUUCUUCUUCUUCUUCUUCUUCUCUUCUUUAUCUUCGAAUCUUCGAUCUGAGAUGAUUCUGAGGCUAUAGAGGAGGGGAAAUAUUGAGAGGGGAGAGCUUGGCUUCUCUCUCUCUCUCUCUGUUUCUUACAGUUGGAUGAGAGAAAGACUUGUGGUGUUUCCUGAAUCCCGGAGUUCUUAUUUGCGGCAGAGGUGGCACCCGGACAGGUGCUCCGCCGUGGGGAACUCCAAAACCGUGGAAGAGGCCAAGGCCAAGUUCCAGUCGAUCCAGGAAGCGUACUCGGGUACCUGCAUCGCUCCAUAACAAGACCCUUCGUCCCUUUCUCAUUCAAUUCAUCAAAAAAACUCUGUGCGGGCUCGUCGUCGCCUGAUGUUUCUUCUUCUUCUUCUUCUUCGGUGGGCUGGUCUGCGCAGUUCUCUCCGACACGAACAAGAGAUUCAUGUACGACGUCGGCGUCCUCGACGACGAUGAUGACGACGCCGACGACGAUUUCAUGCGGGAGAUGAUCGCCAUGAUGAACAAGACUCAGCCCGGCGUAAGCUCGCCAUGAUCAAACCUCCUUUUUGGGUCUCACUGAGGUGGAGAUCGUCUUCUAAUCAUCCUGUGCUUCUUUUUUUUCCUGUCUUUCUCAGGAGAGUGGGGACGUCGUGACCUUCGAGGAGUUGCAGUCGCUGUUCAUGGAGAUGUUCGAGGGAGAUGCCGGAGUCGCCGGGCGGAAGAGGGGCGGCGCGGAAAUCUCCUCCACCACAAAGGCCACCGCCGUAUACCACGACGCCGCCACCGGUUUCUUCCCUUGCGGCAACUCCCGUCAUCGGGUGAGUCAUCUAAUCUUGCCCACGUGGACUUAUCUGAUUGGUUCCUCUCCGAACUAUGCGGCACGCGUUAGUGACAACCGAAAGUACGCAACAGAAUUUCUCGUGGAGGCAAUUUUGAAGUUGACUACCAAAUGA